AAAUUUCCAUCAAUAGUAUAAAUAGAGAUGAUUUAAGGAAAAAAAAAACAUAAAUUUGAGUCCGAAUAUUCAUCUAAUUAAGAAUAAAUCGUACGGCUCAAAUAAUUCGGAAUAACAAAUAGAUGGCCUUAAAAGAAGAGUAUAAAAUUCAGAAUAUUACAUAUUUGCCAAAGAGAAAAGCCAAGUCGUGAGACCUUUUCUCACUUUUCCCUCUCAGAAAUCUUAACUCAGUGAAAUCGAAUAACUCGUCUUGGUAACUCAAUAGAAUGAGCUAUGCAGCGAUUAAGGAGCAGAGGCACCUCUCUUAUGGGUUCUAUGUCAGUUCCCCACUUGAAGAGAAAAGCCCUUAAUUCUUGGGCUGCUAUUCAAGAUACCUACUUCUCCACCAAGGAUACAUUUGAGAGGCAUAGGGUGGUAUUUGCAGUAGGAACUUCUAUUGCUUCCGUUGCUACUGCAUGGUUUGGAUACUCUUUACGGCAUUAUCAUGAAUCAAAAGUUGAUCAAAGGCUUGAAUCAAUUGAGAAAGCUAUGAAAAACAAUCAUCAUCUUGAGCAUUCAGAAUUCAAAAAACUUGUUGACCCAGGGCCUUCCAGAACUGCUGCUUGGGUUGCCACGGCUGGUACUGCUCUUGUUGUUGGAUAUGGCUUGGGUUGGCGAGGUGGAACAUGGUAUGCAAAUAGGAAGUUCAGAAAGGAGCAGUUGAAACUUCUUGGGCAGAUAAAACCAAAAAGGUGGCAAUUGCUGGGACAGGUAACUACACAAGAUGGAUACAUUCUCAGUGUGCAAAGAAUUCCUGUGGGGCGGUCAGGUGGGACACCAGGAAACAGGCCACCAGUCCUGUUACAGCACGGGCUCCUAAUGGAUGGAAUAACAUGGCUCUUAUUGCCUCCGGAACAAUCUUUGGCAUUUGUCUUGGCCGAUAAUGGGUUUGAUGUCUGGCUUGCUAACUCGCGUGGAACAAAGUACAGCAAAGGGCAUACAUCACUCAGUCCUGAUGAUCCGGCCUACUGGAAUUGGUCGUGGGACGAAUUGGUAGCUUAUGAUCUUCCAGCUACAUUCCAGUAUGUGCACGAUCAAACCGGACAAAAGCUGCACUAUGUAGGGCAUUCACAGGAUCAGAUGCUGAACAUGUUGAGAUCGGCUGUUUUACUCUGCCCAAUUGCUUACAUGGGUCAGAUGACUUCCCCACUUGCAAGAAAUGCUGCUGACAACUUCGUGGCUGAGACACUGUACUGGUUAGGCCUCCAUGAAUUUGAUCCAAGAGGGGAGGCGGUAGUCAAACUUCUGAAAGACAUCUGCAGCAAAGCAGGUGUUGACUGCACUAACUUAUUGACCGCUUUUACAGGGCAGAACUGUUGCUUGAAUUCUUCCAUAGUAGAUAUUUUUCUAGAUCAUGAGCCUCAACCAUCAGCAACAAAGAACAUGAUCCAUCUGGCUCAAAUGAUUAGAAAAGGAACCAUAACAAUGUACGACUACAAUGAUGCGGUUGAGAAUAUGAAGCAUUAUGGGCAAUCUACUCCUCCGGCGUAUAAUAUGACCAGCAUUCCAAAUGACCUUCCUCUAUUCCUCAGCUAUGGAGGGGAGGAUGCUCUUGCUGAUGUAAAUGAUGUGAAGCUCUUGCUGGAUAGUCUCAAAGAUCAUGACGGCGACAAGCUUGUCAUUCAGUAUAGAGAUGAUUAUGCUCAUGCAGAUUAUGUCAUGGCAGGAAAUGCUAAGCAAGAUGUAUAUGAUCCUUUAAUUGCCUUUUUCAGGUUACAGUAGUGAACAUAGAAUAAA